AUGGGUAAUGUUGAAAGUAACCACACGAAUGACGAUCUCGUUGAUAGUCUAGUUGAGACAAGAGCAAUCAAUCAACGGAAUAUUGAACGUGCCUUCCGUCUUGUCAAUUACAUCAAGUUCGUUCCAGCCGGUAGUCGUAGAAAUGCUCGUAUGCCUACUAGAAUCCUCCAUCAACCUGGUGGCCAAUUCUUUCCUGGUGCUCUUCAUAUGUCAGCAGUUGAUGUCUAUACUCGAAUUGUUGAAUUGUUCCGUCUCUCCAAAGGACAAACAGUCUUGAAUGUUGGGUCUGGAUCUGGAUUUUUGAGUACUGUAAUAGGAAUUUUGAUUGGUGAUACGGGAGUUAACCAUGGAAUCGAACUCUACCAGAACCUACUCGACUAUGCAGAGGAGAACAUGGACAAAUGGGCAAGAAAGAAAUGUGCCAGCUCCGUUGGGUGGGCAAGACCGAAGUUGAAAUUAGGAGAUAUUUAUGAUCCGGACAUGUGGAGGCACCAUCAACAUCGUUACGAUCGAAUUUACAUUGGAUUCAUUAUCAGAGACAAAAGUGUGCUGUGUCGUGCUAUACGGAUGCUGAAAAUCGGAGGAAUUCUAUUGGUUCCAGGAAACCGAUGUAUUAUCCGAUACACGAGAACUAGUGAAAAUGACUCAAACUGUGAGACAAUUGUGGGACUUUCAUUUGCUGAAGGCAUACAACUUCCUAUAGAACAACGACCACCUACUCCAAUAUUUGAAAGUGCUCAAUCUCUUAUCCAUAUCUCUCGCCAAGACAUUCGUCGCCAACUUCGCGAAGAAGCCUACACUCGUCGCGUUCGACGUUAUAUCAAUGCCUCAAUAGUUGUUCCAAUCGGAGGACGACUACCAGAAGAAUCCACUCUUUUCGGAAUUCAACGAGAAAGAGGAGACAUUGGAGAACGAGUUCGAUUCCUGCGAGAUCAACGCAGACGAAAUGGACCUCCUACACUGGAGGAAGUGACUAAUCGAUACGUCAAUAAUGAACGCCAACUUACGACACGAAGACGAGAAUUGGAGACUGCUUUAGCUGCAAUGCAUCAGGAAUUGAACGAUCAAAUUUCAAACAGAAGAGCUGAUGCUCCCGCCCAUCUAGUUCUACCACCUGAGCGUGAGCGUGUGAGCGUGGCAGAAGCGAUGGAAGCCGACUUUAUUCGAGGUCUUGAUAGAGAUGAUUCAGAUUCUACUGAAUCUUUGAGUCUUUCUGAUCUCUCUUCACGAAGUACUAGUUACAGUCCAUCGAUUUCAAGUAUAUCAUCUGCAGAAUCACAACCAGAGAGUGUUGAAGCUAUGGAUGAAGGAUCCAGUCACGCAGAAAACGACACCAAUGAUGGAAAUAGAACAAGAAGCCCAACUGAUACAACGGAUUUCCCAGAUUUAGGAAGUUUUCGUCAUUCAAUUCUUCAACCUACUCCCUCAGUUGCUGCGUCUUGGCUAGAAUCUCUUCAGAGGAGUCUUCAGGUUUCUGUUACUCCAUCAGUUAUACAUCCAGGAGGCCCCAACGAUUCUCCGGUCAUGCCGACCGUUGAUACGAAAACACUCGAUCCAUUUGCAUCUAUUAAUUCCGACUUGGAUUCCUCCAGAUGGUCAUCUUCAAGCGACGUUAAUAAUUUUAACAAUGAUGCAAAACUCAAAGAAUCGGCACCUCCACCACCGAGUACACCUGAUAUUGAUUCUGAUUUUGAAUCAGACGGUGAUGAUCUUCAACCACAAGGUCCAAGGGAUAAUAACCCACAAAGAGAAGGAGGUCAUCAACUUCCGCGUUGCGAAUAUGUCAAUUUCCUGAUAUCAAGACCAACUGGAGUCAGAUCUGAAAGUGAUUCUCCUCCUACUCGUCGUAGAGCAGCAUCCGAUCAAUCACCUUCAGCUAUUACGAUAUCUUGCUCGAGACGUUUUAGUACUUCUCCUUUCGAUAUAUUGAAGAAUGCAAAAAGAACUCAACGUGAAUUCAUUAGGGAUAUGACGAAGAAGGGAAAACCCGAAUUUCGAAACUUCAGACGAAAAACAAAUGUACACGGUACAAGAGAUAAGUCUCCAAAAGAGCAAUCAACGGAAGAAGAAGAGAUGAAAGAUACAGAAAGCACGUCAAAAAUGGCUCAGGAUCAAGAGACUUUAGAUGAUGUUCCUGGAAGUUCCGGUGCUUAUCCAUUUGGUAACGGAGGAACUCUAGCAGGAAGUAACCAAGGAUCUAGCUCAACCGCUUCUCCUCAAGUCAGUGAUAAUGUGGCGGUUGAAGAAAAAGAAGAGGAAGAAGAAUGUGAACCAGGAAGUUCUGGAGCGUAUCCACUUGGAAACGGAGGAACACUCAGAAGACCAGAAGCUUCUUCUGAUGACAGCAAGUUCAAGAGACCAUAUGAUUUUCCUGUCAACAAAAACAAAAAACGUACUGGAUUUGGUAAGAGGCUCAAGGCUUUGUUCUCACCUCGUAACUUGAAGAGAAAUGCGAAUGGAAACCCAGUAGCCACACAGCAAGCAUCUCAUGAAUCAAGUUCGACAUCCGGUGUACCCAGUUAUGUAGCAGAACUGGCUGAGCUGGAUGAACAACAUAGAAGGCAAAUGGAAGUUUUGAGAGAACAAACUCGGAAUGAGGAACAACGCCUUGCGGAAUUAAGACAUGAACAUCAAGAAAUGGAAGAGAUUCGUCGGCGGUCAGAACACUCGAGAAGAAAUAUGAUGGCGAGAGUUGAUGCUGAUAACAGAAGAUUCGCUGCUUUUGAGCAGUAUUCACAAUAUUUACGAUUAGGGAUUGAAAGAGAAGAUGCUCGGUUUUCAGACUUGUUGCUACAGGAACCAUUUCGGAUAAGAUGGGAAGAGACUUUUUCUCCAAAUAAUAGUGAAGAUCGUUUCCAACUUAUCGCUGAACAAAUGGCAAUGGCAAUCUCAGAUUACCAAGGAGUAAUGGGUCAUGGUGAUGAUGAGAUUCUCAGCAGACUAAGACCACAAACAAGACGAAGAGAACCAGAAAUCGAUCCUGAGAUUAGAAUUAAUUUCACUUUUGGAGCGUACCGACGUGAACCAAUUGAUGGAAAUAUAACUGGAGAUGAAGACGAACAAGAAGGGGAGGAGGAGCCGGAUCCAAAUCAACCAUCCACAUCGUCGGGAGUCACUGACAAUGAGCCAUCGCUUUCGGAUGUGUUACAAGCUGAACAAGAUGCUUCAAGUUCGGAUGAUGAGGAUGCGAAUGAUCCGGAGGAGACGCAUUUUCCAGCUGGACUGACGCCAGUUGAAAUGACACUCUUCCAACCAAUGUAUCGAAUCCAUCAAAUGCAAAGACAGCAGAAUGCAAGAUCGGGGGAAGUCCUCCGACGACGUCAGGAACGCAACGCGUUCCUUCGGCUGGCGAAUAGGAAUUUCCACCGCCGAGUCGAGGAACUUCCUCUGCCAGUUUCCCUCCGACACUACGUCAAAACUUCGGAGGACAAAGUAAAUUUAGAAUCUAAAAAGUAA